AUGGCGGACAAACCGGUCUGCACUCCUGUUUGCGGAUCUCCUGGCGAUUCGCCCUUUAGGGGAGAGCCUCCAGAAAGCGACAGGUCGCGAGACGAGGCUGAAGACCACCCGUGGGUCGUGCUUUCCGGCGGCAACGAAGAAAGGCGACCCGUUGAUGUCGCCUAUAAGUUGAUCGUGGCACCUUCGGGACUCUUGGGUGUACGUACACCCGACGGGGAGCCUCAGGAGACGGCGGCGGGUGCAUCCAAGCAGCAGACCCUCGAAAAGACUCCUCUUCUUCUGCCUGAGGCGACUUUGCCUAAGUUACAGACUCCCCGAUAUGGCCAUGUGACUUGCGUUACUUCAGGUCAUGAAGUCUUGCUCGUCGGCGGCAGAGACGGACAGACCGUCCUCAACUCAGUUGAACGAUUCGAAGAGACAGAGGAGCGCUGGGUCUCGAUGCCUUCGCUGCACUUUGCACGCGCUCACCACGCGGGCUGCGCGGUGUCUGGCGGUCGCGCGGUUGUGCUGGGCGGCGAGAACGAGAAAGGCGUCUUGAAAUCUGUCGAGCUGUACCACCCGGUGAAGCGCAAUUGGAUCAACUUGGCGCCGCUGCAGCACCAGAGGCACUCGUUCGGCGCCGUCGCGAUCGGAUCGAACAUCUUCGCGCUUGGCGGCAGAGACGCCGCGGGUGACCAUGGCCGGGUGCUGAAGACAGUCGAGGGUUUGGCCAUCGCCCCGCUGUCUUCUCCGUCCUGCUCGAGAAGCUCGAGUCUCGCGACAGCUCCCAGCUCCCCUGCUGGCGUUUCCGCUGACGCCGUCGCACAAGGCAGUCCAGGUGUGCAUACACCGCAGGCGCCGCAGCAGGGGACUGCAUGCGACCGCGCGGAGCCGCUGCAUGCAGUUCAGGGGGCUGGCAAGCAGGCCUGUUCCGGCGAGGGCGGGGCGAGCCACGGAGCAGAGGGCUGGCAGAGUUUGCCGUCGAUGAAGCACGGCCGAGCGAGCUUCGGCGUCGCGCAGUACCGAGGCUUGAUUUUCUGUGCAGGAGGCACCAACGGCGUUAAGCCACUCUCGUCCGUCGAGAUGUUCGACAGCAGCACAAACGAAUGGUUUGAGCUGCCAAGUCUGAACGAGGCGCGCAUAGGCCCGAUUUGCUUUGUGUGGCUGAAAGGACCCGAGCGGCGGCCGCAUCUCUGCGUUGCGGGAGGACGGCAAAGCAGCCUGCACCCAGUUUUUCAGUCUGUGGAGGUGCUCGACCUUCUGCCGCUUCUGCCGAGCACCCAGGAAGCCAGCGCAAACAAGACACAAAGCACAGCUGGCCAGGCGGCUGCAGCUGGCCAGGCGGCCGCGGGCAGCGCCAAAAAGAGAGCGGAGCAAACGGAGAGAGAAACAGCGACACCCGCAGCCGAAUGGGUCCUCGUCGGCUCCGCGGGAGUCAAGCUCUGCUGGCAACAAGCCGCAGGCGUAGUCGCCGCCUGCUGGAAAAGCGAGCUUCUCGAUUCGCCAGUGCCGCCCCUGUUGGCGUCGACCCCGGAAGUCCUUCCUCCCUGCCCUCUGCGCCCUCGAACCUCACUGGGACAGCAAACAGGCCGGCGAAGUGUGCCUCAUACGCUCUCUGGGGGACCUGCUUCGUCAAGCGUCGCUUCUUUCGCGAAUUCUGUAUCUCGCGCCUCAACUUUUGCAUGCACGAGUUCCUCUGCUGGCGACCAGCUGAGGAUUCCUCACGGUGUGGUGGCUGCCGUCGCCAAGCGCUUCCAGUCUUCCAGAUCUUCCUCGGUCUCUUCCGUCGCGUCUUCUUCUCCUUCCUCUGCUGCGCCUUCGUCGGCGGCUGUGGCGUCUUCUAGGGCGAGCGGUGGGGGCGAGUCUUCGCCUUCGGAAGAGACAGCGCCAAGCAAAGAGGAGAAGAAAGGGCCUUGUGGAGAGGGGACAGCGCCCAGAAAAGAGGAGAGAAAAGGGCCUUGUGGAGAGGGGACAGCGCCCAGCAAAGAGGAGAAGAAAGGGCCUUGUGGAGAGGGGACAGCGCCCAGAAAAGAGGAGAGAAAAGGGCCUUGUGGAGAGGGGACAGCGCCCAGAAAAGAGGAGAGAAAAGGGCCUUGUGGAGAGGGGACCGCGCCCAGCAAAGAGGAGAAAAAAGGGCCUUGUGGGGAAGAGACAGCGGCAGAAAGGAGAGCUCAUGGACGGAGCGUUCCUUUCUCAACUACACGAAUUCGAACGCUUCUCUCCGACGACUGCCUAGAAGCCAAUCGCAUGUCGAGACAGGAACUGAGAGGAGAGAGGCUGCGAGAAGUGAUGAAUCGAAAUCUGGAGGAGGCUGACGAAGAGUCUGAUAGAGAGACUCCGCCCGCGCUUCCCAAGACUCGCGUAUUCCGCAGCAACAGUUCCAGUGGCGUCGGCGGAGUUGCCGCGACAGCGCCUUCGGACGGCUCGGACUCGCACGGCGCAUGCAGUUCUGGAGAAAAAGGCCCCUCGAAGGUUCAGUUGCUUCGACAGAAAAUCGAGACUCAGGCUGCGGAGCGACAAGCCGCCAGGAAGUCCGGCGCGGCUGCCGGCUUCGGAGCAGGCGGCGCCGCGAGAAGCUCUGGAGGCGGGAAGCGCGAGGUGAUCUACGACCCGCUCCAGUGGUUGGAGAGCUGAGGCAGUCGAGAGAGCGAAGCAAUCAGACAGAAAAGGCUGACAGAGGAGAUGUGGAUGCGGCGGAGAUGCCGGUGGAAUGGAGAACUCAAGAAGCGAAAGAAACGAGGGGAGAAGGGAAACAGAAGAAAGCGACAAGCUUCUUCGCAAGUUCAGAGUCGAGGGUCCAAAGUGAACAUGGAAACGAAGGCGCCGGGACCUCCGCUCGUCUCGGUAGGACUGAACGACCCACUCGGAAGAAACGAAUCAAGAAGAGGAGACCCCAAUCCCUGCCUUUUUGUCAGUUCGAAAACAGCAUCUCUGCAUAUAUAUAUAUAUACAUUUGUAUAUAUAUAUAUAUAUAUAUAUAUAUAUAUGCAUGCGUGUGAACCUCUUCCCGUAUACAUGCGUUCGUUUUUUUAUGCACGGUUGCGCACUGCGCUUCCUACCAAGACGACUUGUGGCCGCCUCCCCAGGGUUUAGGAACAGUGGCGGCUACGCCGAAGCGAAGUCAUCUUCUGUAUUUGUCUUGCAUGCAUUUCUGUUGCAUGCAUGUCUGCUACUGUGUGUGCUGUCUGGUCUCCCUUGACUAGGGACAGGAAGCGAUCUUUCCACGCUCGAGUGUGUCUGUUUUCUUUUUCGCAAGCCUGAAGACUCCCUCCAAGGCUGUUCGUUCUUUAGCGUUUUCUGCGUUUACGUCUGCACCGACUCUUCGACUGCCUUUGUUUUCCUUCUCUCUUUUGUCUGGCGCAAAGGACAGCUUCUGGCCUCGUUCGAGUGUAGCGCCCCGCUUUCGUCUCCGGUCUCGGAGCGAAACUUGUGUUCCCGAGGAGCCGCGGGGCUUUUGCUUCGCGUGCAUGCAUGCACAGA